AUGGAUCGCGACAGGGCGAGCGACCGCUGGGGAGAGGACGAGCGCGAGCGCGAGAGCGUGGCGGGGAAGCCGCGGAACGAUCCCCGCUGGGGGUCCAUACACGCUCCCCCGUUGGGGGGGGAGAGCGGAAAGGAGGCGGGGGAGGGGGGCGGGUACGUCAAGAAGGAGCGCUGGGUGGAUCCGCCGGGGAUGGGCGCUCCCCGCCCGGGGCUUGGCGCGGGAGCGGAGGGGGGGAGUGUAGAUUACCGCAAGGAGCGUUGGGCGGAUAGCGGUACGCGGAGCUUCGACCAGCGCCGCGAGACGAAGUGGGGCUCGCGGUGGGGAAGCGCGGAGGAGAAGGACAAAGAGAAGGACAAAAGCGUUGUUCACAGCGAGAGCUGGGGGGAGAAAAGCGGGCAUGGCGGAGGCGGGCUGCGCGAGCGCGGAACGCCGGAGUCCGCGCAGAGCGGGGGAAGUGCGCGCUGGACACUGCCGGGGGAGAAGGAAUCGGACAAACCUAGGGAAUACGAGAGAAGCCGCCCCGCUAUCGGCGCUCGAGACAGCGACAAGGGGAAAGAGGCUGACAAAGACAUAGGCGGCGGAGGGGCCGUUGGGGCUGGGGCGGGGGGACCCGGGGGUGGUAGCUCCGGCGGAGCGGGGGGCGGAAGCUGGACUAGAGACACCACCGCGGGGAGGUCAGAGACGGGGGGAAAGUGGCGCCCGCAGUCGAUCGCGGGACGGGGCCGCGGAGAGGCUCCGCCAACGGGCACUGCUACAUCCUCCGCCGCCCCCUUUUCCAAGUUCCAGCCAGGGUUUGGGUUCGCGGGUCGCGGGCGUGGAGCGCCCGACGCCGCAGGAGCAGGCGCAGGCUCUUCUGCCCUCGUUGCUGGCGCGGGAGGCGGAGGCUUUGCGCGGGGCCGCGGAUUCGGCGGGGGGGCAGGGGGAAGCUGGGACGUUCCGGGGCAGGGCUCCAGGGCGCAGCAUAUCGGCGCUCCUCCCCCGGAGUCUGGCGGAGCGGGCGCUCCGCCAUCCGCGGAGACGUUCAGGUACCCCCGCGCGCGGCUGCUGGAGAUCUACCAAGCGCACAAGCGUGCGCCGGAGUUCAGCGCGGCAAUCCCGGGGGAGUGGUCUGAGGCGCCCGCGCUUUUGGGGUCGGAGCCGCUGGUGCCCAUGGCGCUGGUGGAAGCGAGCGCGGAAGAAGAGGCGGUGAUGGCGGCGAUUGAGAGCGGGGAGAUCGUGGGCAGUGGCGUGGUGCACGCGUCCAGGGACAAGGACGCGCCGCCGCGAGAUAAAGCUGCACAAGAAGGCGACAAACGCCCUCCCACGCAUGCACCUGGCACAGCAGCAGCCACCCACCCAACCGACCACCCCACCCAAUCUUCCCCAGCUUCACCUCCCCCAGGCUCCACCUCCCUCUCUCCCUCAGCCAAACCCACCACCACCACCACCCCGUCCGUCCCACCUGAAAAGCUCCUGCUACAGUACCGCGACCCUCAGGGGGAAGUUCAGGGGCCGUUCCCAGGAGAGGACAUCAUGGGGUGGUACGAGGCGGGGUUUUUUGGACUGGAGCUGCCGGUGAGGCCGGUGGAUCCGGGGACGGGGGAGGCGGCGCCUGGGGUGCAGUUUUUGCCACUGGGGGAUGUUAUGCCGCAUCUGAAGCCCUCUGCUAAGGUUCCUCCUGGCUUUGCCGCUGCUGCUGGCGCUGCUGGUGCUGCUGGUGUUGGUUCUGCUAGUGGUGGUGCUGGUGGGGGUGCUGCUACUGCUGCUGCUGCUCCUGGUGCGGCUGCUGCAGGGGCUGCAGCAGCAGCUGACGCCACUCGCGCUGCUGCCGCCGCUCCUGCCGCUGCUCCUACCGAGCCUGGCGCUACUGCGGCUGGUGCUGCUACGGGUGCUGCUGCUGCUGCCGGUGGUGCGAUGGCGGGUGCUGCAGGGGUCAUUCUGGGGGCUAUUCACGCUGGCAGAGGCGUGGACGAGCCAGGCGCCCUUUACCAAGCCUCCUGGCCAGCUCCGGGCGCGGAGGAGCUUCGGGCCGAGCCGGGGGUGCAUGGGGCGGGAGCGGGUGUGGCUGGAGCGGUGGGCGCUGGAGCGGCAUCAAGGUCGUUUUCCAGUCUUGAUGCGCUGGCUCAGGGUCAUCGCACCCCCUCGCCCUCUCCUGCUCUCUAUGACCAAUCGCACCCACCACCACAGCAGCAACAGCAGCAGCAGCAGCAGCAGCAGCAGCAGCAGCAGCAGCAGCAGCAGCAGCAGCAGCAGCAGCAGCAGCAGCAGCAGCAGCAGCAGCAGCAGCAGCAGCAGCAGCAGCAGCAGCAGCAGCAGCAGCAGCAACAGCAGCAGCAGCAGCAACAGCAGCCGGCGCACCUGCCACUCACCCACGAGCCGCUACCCUCCCUCCUCUCCCACCUCCUCUCCCAUCCGCAGCAACCCCAGCUCCAGCAGCUUCAACAGCAGCAGCAGCAACCGCCACAGCAGCAGUUGCCACUGGCACAGCAGCCGCCGCAGCAGGCGCCACAGCAGCUGCCAUCCGCCCUCUUGCCAACCCUCCCACCCCCGCGAAUUACUCUAGCGCACCUCCAUCACCCCCUGCACCCGCUCCUGCACCCUGCUGCCGCCGCUACUGGGCUAGGCCCAGCCACGCUCUACCCUGGAGCCGGGGGUCCGAUUAUAGGGCAGGAUGAGUUAAGUCUACGAAUGGUAGAGGCGCUGGUACAUGCCGGUAUUCCCAAGGAUGCUCCGUUAGAGCAGCUGCUGCAGCACCCGCCUAUAACGGAUCUGCUUAUGCGCGUACAGCAGGAGGUGGUGCAGCAGAGGGAGCAGCGGGAGGCGCAGCUGAGGGAGGUGCAACUGAGGGAGGCGCAGAUGCGAGAGGCGCAGUUGAGGGAGGUGCAACUGAGGGAGGUUCAGAUGCGGCUGCAGCAGUCUCUGGCUCUGGAUACAGGUGCUUCCGGGGGAGGUUUGCCUGGGGGGGUGGGAGUGGCAGGUGCGGCUGGCUUGCCACACGUGUUGGCGAAAGAGGGCGGGUUACCAGAGGUUGCAGAGGGCGGUGCCUAUGCUGCUGUGCAGUCCACCCAGACCCCCCCUCAGGCUGUAGCUCAGGUGGUGGAAGGGUCGGUCGGGGCAGAGCAACAGGGUAAGGCAGAGGACACGGCUGGACACCAGCAGCAGCAGCAGCAGCAGCAGCAGAAAGAGGGAGGGGAAGGGGAGGGUGAGGCGUUGAAGGGCUUUGCAGAUCAGGGCGAUGGGGCAGGGAAGGGAGAUGAGGUGGCGGCUGCUGGGGAUGCAGAGGCGGAGGAAGGGCAGGGAGAGGCUAUGAGCGUUGGUGGUAAAGGGAAGAAGGAGGAGGUUGUUAACGAGGAUAAGACAGGUGCGGAUGAUACGGAUGAGGGUUCUCAAACGCUUUCAAAGAAGGAGCUUAAGAAGCUGAAAAAGAAGAAGCAGAAGGAGGAGCAGUUGCAGCUGCUGCAGGAACGGAAGGAGAAGGAGAAGGAAAAGGAGAGGGAGAAGGAGAAGGAGAAGGAGAGGGAGAAGGAGAAGAAGGAGAAGGAGAAAGAGAAGAAGCAGCAGCAGAAGCAGCAGCAGCAGCAGCAGGUUUCCACCAAUGAGCCAAGCACUAAGCCACUCUCUUACAGCGAAAAGGCAGCAGCAGGAGGAGGAGAAGCAGCAUCAGCAACAGCUGCUGCAUCCCCAGCACCCGCUGCUUCCCCCUCUGCUACCUCCACAGAUGCCCUUCCCAAGCCAUCCACCCCACCUGUCCCCGCCUGGAAAGCCCCUACUGUCCCCGCCAAGUCCCUUGCACAGAUCCUAGAGGAAGAGGCAGCGGAAGCAGAGAGGCAGAGGGAGGAGCAAGAGCGGCGAAUCCAGGCAGCCAUUGCAGCAGGCGAGGUGAUUGGGGGGCCUGGUGGGUUUGGCAGCGGCAGUGGGGGGGUAGGAGGGGGAGGAGGAGCCACUGUCUGGGGCAACGCUGGGUCUGCUUCUGUUAUGUCUCGGAAAAAAUCCCUUAAGGAGAUUUUGGAAGAGGAGGCUGCUGCGGCUGCUGCAGCGGCAGCGGCGGCGGCUGCAGAUACUGCAGCAGCUAGAAGCGCGGUUACCGCCAGUGCAGUGCUUUUCCCCCAGCCGCCUUCUCUGGAGCCUAGAACUGGGGCUAGUUUGUUUGAUCCCCUCAGCGGCAGGGGGUAUUCCAGUCCGGCUGGAGCAGGGGUGGCUGCAGGCGGGGUUGGGAGCGGUUCAGGGCGGUUGGGAGGAGGAGCGGGUGCAGGCUCAGGUGUUUCAGGUGUUUUGUCAGGUGGUUUCAGGGAUCCUCUGGCAGAGGAGAUUCUUGGAUCCGCUUCCUCUAUGCUGGAUGAUGCAAGGGUAGAGCUGACCAAGAGCGAGUCCGGCUCGUCUGCUGCUGCUGCUGCAGCGGCUGCGGCGGCUGCUGCCGAGGUGGAUGAUUCAGAAUUUGUGGAGCCGAAGGAAUUGAGGAAGAGCAAGAAGAAGGGCGCCAAAGGGAAGGGCGGCAAAUCGCCGCCCUCGUCCUCCUCUGCUGCCUCUGCUGCUGCCACUGAAGCUGCUGCAGCUGCUGCUGCUGCCCUCCCUGCUGCUUCUCUCCCUGUCGCCACUACCAGGUCUGCUUCUGCUGGUGCCUCAGCUUCCCUUUCCGCAGCAGCAGCGGCAGCUGCGGCGAAAGCAGCAGAUGAGAUUCCUGCUCCACCCGCUCCUUCCUUGGCUGAUUUCCUUAUGGUUCCGGGGCUGAUUCCCGGAGUUAGCCCCUCGGCUGCCCCCGCUCCUGCCCCGGCCCCAGCCUGGUCGUCAGGUUCGGCGGGACGUUCAGCAGUAGCAGCGGGAGGAUCGGGAGGAGGGAGAGGGGGCAGGGGGGCGGUUCUGUCUCUGGCAGAGAUUCAGGCUGCAGAGGAGAGGGCGAAGGCAGAGGAGAGGCAGAGGCAGGAGGAGCGGGCGAGGGAAGAGGAGAGAGUGAGGCAGGCGCAGAUUAGGGUUCUGCAGGAGCGGGUGGGGCCUGGUGCGUCUGCUGCUGUGCCGUCUGCUGCGGCUGCGGCUGUUGGGAUGGGAGGAGUGGGCGGGGCAGGAGGUUUGGGAGGGAAGGUGAAGGGAGGUUCGGUGGGGAGUGGGAGUGGGAAAGGAGGAGGGAAGAAGCAGCAGGAGAGGAAGGAGGCCGCGGUGGUGGUGGAGGAGGAUGAGGACAUGUUCUGGGACUACUCGUACCAGUCUAACACCAGUAAGGAGGUUCCAGCAGCACCAGCAGCUGUGGAGACCAAGUCCAAGGGGUCCAAGAAGAAGGGUGCAAAGUCAACCCAGUCAGCAGCAGCAGCAGCGUCGGCUCAAGUGCCCCCAGCAGAGCUCCGGGCAGCUCAGGAAUUUCGGCAGUGGUGUGAAUCCAACAUCCUCAACCUCACGGGCAGCCCUGAUCUCACACUGAUAGACUUCUGCAUGUCACUCCCCAAGGCAGCAGACGACCAGGUGCGGCAGUACCUCUUCCAGUACCUCGGCGCUGCCCCCCCUGCCUCCGCCUUCACCUCCUCCUUCCUCUCGCGCCGAUCCGCGCUCUCCCCUGCUGCUGUGCGCGUGGCCUUCCCUGUGAGUGAGGCGGUUAUUCAGGAUGACUCGUCUCUUCUCAGCGGUAGUAGUGGUGGCAGUGGUGCUGGUGGUGGUGGUUCUACUGGUGGUGGUGCUGCUGGUGGUGGUGGUGGGAAAAAGGGUGUGGCAGGGCAAGGCUCGGCAUCCUCACGUCCUGCUGCCGGGCCUGCUGCCUCGGCUCGGGAGGAGGCUCGGAAGGUGACUGCAAGUGGAUCGGGGUCUGGGAAGGCUGGGAGCGGUGGGGGUAGUGGUGGUGCUGCUGCUGCUGGUGCUGGUGGUGCUGCUUCUGGGGGCGGUGAGGGAGGGGGGGAUGGGGCGGGAGGGAAGAAGAAGGGGAAGAAGGGAAAGAAGGUGGUGGAUCCGUCUCUGCUGGGUUUCAGUGUUACCAGUAACCGCAUCCUCAUGGGUGAGAUUCAGCAUGUGGAGGAUUAG